AAGACACCUCACACCUCAUCUUUUUGUUGCUUCAUCACAAUAUGGGAGGAGGAGAACAGCAAACCCUCAGUGCCGAGGAUAGAAAGAUCCUGGAAGAUGCGCAUCGCAAUUUGAACAACCCCGAUCAUCCUGCGAACAAAGAUCAUCCCAAGCACCACGAGUUCCUGAAGAAAUUGGGUAACAAAUUCGGCAAUGCUGCAGUCUUCGGUGCGGGAGCCACAUUCGGCUCAGACAUGAUCAAUUCAUUGCUUGGGCGCUGAUUGAGGGGAACAAUGGGCAAGGAAAUAGGUCGCAUGUAGCAUCUGGGUGCCAUGGUAGCCAUUUUUCCACGCCUAUUCAUUCGGCAAUUCAACAGAUGUGUGUGGUUUCGAAAAAUGGAGGCUGUCCUGGCAAUUUGUGUGGAAGGAAAGUGCAGUGCAAUAGAGUGCCUUCCAUCACCGCGAAUCGAACCCUGCAAUUCGCAAUAAAACUCACCAGUGGUCGUGAAUUCGAUGGGGAAAUUCCCAUCUCUCCUGUUCGAGUCAGCUCAUUCCCCGACUUGCCUCAACAAUCAGCCUCUGAACUGUAUGCUGUUCACAUGUGCUCGAAUGUCUUCCAGUAGUGUAUUUUCGUUUCAUAUGCCCAGCUCGCCUGGAGCGCGGCAGACGACGGAGUGCGAAUGAUUCGGAAACAGAAAACCUUGGCGCGGAGCUCAGGGUGUAGACCACAGCCCAUGUGCUCGGGGCACGCAAAAGAGGCUCGAUCCUCUGCGAUACCCAUGGUAUCAUGCUGUAUGGAGCGAGCGCAGUCGGAACUCACCCUGCUGCUCUUACACGGCAGUCGUGUUGCUCGUAUGCAGCUGUGGAGCUGGUACAGAACAGCAUGGCAAAGAAUUGCCAAAAGAAUGGUCACAGCCUGGCUGGAGUCGAACUCGUACCCCGAAACAACAAAAAAAGUGUUCUCGGAUGUAUAUUAUACAUCUGCUUUGCUAUCCCUACACAACCAUUUGAGUUAGCAUGUGUUUCUGAGCGGUGUACGGUACAGCUAGGCGUCACAUUAGAGGCUGGCAAGGCCUAUUUAGCAGAACCGGGUCUGAGCGUCUUAACGCGCUCGUAUGAUGGACUGUACUCGCACCACGGACCCAGUUCUGGUGAUUAAGCAAGAUCUGGAAGCAAAUAUAUAUCCUCAAUAUUCGGCCCCGCCUCUCCCGCGCCACAGCGACCGAAUUUGCCCUACACCGCUGUAUCUUUCCAACCACGACAGGUAUGGAGAUACGGAUUGUUGGAGCUUCGAGAUGUAGUGCCAUGCAUCCUCAGCAGCAGAUUCGUUUAUCAAUCAUGGUGAUGUGUGGUAUCCGGUGCAUUGUAUGGGCUGCUUGGCGCGGCUUCGGCGUCACAGCCGUAGAUCCGCGGGGCCGGCGGUCGCUGUACCUGAUCUUUCCACUUGGCGGCCAGCAGGUCUGACUGUUGACACCAACAACAAAGUGUCGAAGACCAGCCGCCAUUGCAGCACGAGCACAAGAGAAGGGAUCAACCGAGGCGGUGGCCAAGAUGCCAUGGAUUGACUCCUCGGUCACAGCGCUUAACUGCUGGCUUGGGGCAGACGAGGCAUGGCCACGUCGCACCCCAGGACCACCUCCGAACCGCCCUCACAAAAAGCGAACAGCAGAGAUCGACACAGAUUGAACGGUGCAGCAGUCGAGCAAGAGGCAUGCAUGCGAAACCUUUGGGUAACGGGCUCAGAGAAUGGCAGGAACCGCGCGCUCAUGAGAUGGGAAAAAGAUGAUGCCGGCCGUGUCGAGGACGGAAGCCUUUGAGGCUGGAUAUCGAAUCGUAGGCACAAGGGAGAGAGAGAGAGAGCCCAUGUCUGAUCCAAUGACAAAAUCCCCCAAUGUGUGGUAGCCAGGAGCUGCCGGGCAGUUGCAAAGAGAUAGCAUGUAGCAAAAGAGCAUCCUGCAGAGAUGGAGCAAAACUAUCGACACUUCCUUCAUGAAUGAAUGUGACCUAGUCUCUCGGCCAGAAUGCGUAUCGAGUGACUGCCAGCCUGCCUUGUAAUGUCGAGAAGGCGCUAUGGCAUCUGCAAAUUACGUGGAAGCAGAGACUCCUUGGAUCACAGGCACGGCGUCCUCAUGGGAAGGAUCCGCAGGCCAGCACCGCGGCAAGUCCUACUAUGAGACACCGAACGACCCAGGAGCAGCAGCGGCGGCGGCGGCAACGGCGUCGGCGACAGCAGGUCCUACCGAUCAGCGGCAGCGCAGGAAGAUCGAGCGAGACCAGGAGAAGCACGAUGCAUUGGAACCAGCGCGUGAGGCCAGAGCACAACACGGACAGAAAGAAUCCAGCGACCCAGACAGCACAUUAAGAUCAAGGUCAAGAUCUCAUAUCACCGGCCUCAGCAACAAUGGUAUACAGCCGGGAGAGUCGUGUUCAGCUAUGCAGAAGCAAGUCAUAUACGAGCAGUAACAGCAAGCCAAAAUCCACUUCAGCAAUGCGGUACAGCCUAAUCAAGGCAACC